CGGGAUGUCUGCGGCUGAAGCCCCGCCGUCCUGCGGGUCGAAGGCUCUGACGGACUCCGUGUCGGAGCUUCUGACCCGGGUCGGGGAGGAGGUCGUCGGGCUGCUGGAGAAGCGGGGCUGCGGCUCCGGGAGCUCCGGGGCCCGGCUGCUCCGCCUGCUGCUCACCGAGCAUCUGACGGCGGCGGCGGGGCGGAUCGUCGGGCUGCUGGAGCGGGAGGUGGAGGUGUACCGGCGGCAGGUGGAGCAGCAGAGCCGGCUCCUGCAGGCGGUGCUGAGCCCGGUGGUCCGACUGAGCCGAGCAGACCCCAUCAGCUCGUCCUCCGUCAGGACAGGAGACCCUGAUGAACCUCAGGUGUCAGUAGUUGUGCCAGCCUCCUCGCCCUCGGCCCCGCCUAGCCCCGCCUCCUCUGAUGUGUCAGCAGCAGACAGUGAUGAGGACUGGCAGGGCAGCGACGACUCUUUCACCACUAAAGACACAAACAGGACGGGGGCAGAGGGAAGGCAGUGCUCCGGCAGCCGCAGACGAGGAGUGACGGAGACAUCGGAGCGGCCGGGGGCUCAUCGCUGCGUCAUCUGCGGAAAAACUUUCCGCCACAAAGGAAACCUGGUGAAACAUGUGGAGAAGCACUCAAAUGAGUCUGAGUGUCUCUGUGGAGUCUGUGGCGGACACUUCGAGUCCUCGGACUGUCUGAUCCACCACCUCAGAUCUCACAGAGAGACCGAUAGCAGCGGCGGGACCUGUGAGAUCUGUGGGAAGACAUUUCAGAACAUGGAGACACACAUGAGGAGUCACACAGGAGUCAAACCAUUCAGCUGUGACGUCUGCAACAAGAGCUUCCCCCGACCCGGAGCUCUGAGGAGGCACAAGAAGAUCCACAGCAGGAAGACGCUCGACGUCUGUCAGGUCUGCGGACAGACCUUCACUGAGAACCAGCUGCUCCAGGACCACCUGAAGACUCAUGAAGAAGAAGAAGACAACAGCGAGGAGGAGGACGACGAGUCAGAGAAACUGAAACCCAAGAGAGACAAAAGACAAAGCUCAGGUCUGAAGUUAUCUCAGUCCGUCUCGCUCUGCUGCCGAGUCUGUGGAGACUCGUUCCACAGCCGAGGAUUCUUGAGGAAACACGCCGAGACGCACUGCAGAGAGUCUCCGAGUGUCUGCGGUGUCUGUGGACAGCAGGUGGACUCGUCCGGUCUGCUGACUCACCUGCAGUCUCACAGAGACACCGGCGGCACCUGCAGCAUCUGUGGGAAAGGUUUCCAGAACAUGGAGACGCACAUGCGAAGCCACACAGGGAUUAAACCGUACCGCUGCGCCAUCUGCAACAAACGCUUCCCCCGAGCCGGAGCGCUGAGGCGCCACAAGAAGAUCCACACAGGAGAGAGACCGUACGUAUGCCAGCACUGUGGGAAGACCUUCAUCGAGAGCAGUGCCUUGAAGACGCACAGCCGGAGUCACUCUCUGGAGAUCCACGAGGACGACGAGCCGCCACCAAACUGUCCCAACUCUGAGAUGGAGAACAGUUCUGCCGUCAAAGAGAACGCCAAGAUGUCAGCUCAGACGGCGUCUCAGUGCUGUAAAGUCUGCGGCGAGACUUUUCAGAAUAAAGGUAACUUGAGGAAACAUGCUGAGAGCCACUCAGCAGAGUCUGUCUGCGGCGUCUGUGGCGAUCACUUGCCGCCAUCAGAGACGCUGACAGACCACCUGCAGACUCACAGAGACGCUGGCAAAAUCUGUCACAUCUGUGGUAAAACGUACCAGAACAUUGAGACUCACAUGAGGAGUCACACAGGCGUCAAACCGUACCGCUGCAGCAUCUGCAACAAGUCUUUCCCACGGCCCGGCGCUUUGCGGCGCCACAAGAGGAUCCACAGCGGGGAGCGACCGUACAUCUGCGAGUUCUGUGGGAAAACGUUCAUUGAUAACGGCGCUCUGACGACUCACAUCAGGAAUCACACCGGAGACAAACCGGCCAACCGCGUCUCCUGCGAGACCUGCGGGAAGAGCCUGGCGUCGGUCCACGUGCUGGAGGUCCACAAGAGGAUCCACACGGGUGAGAAGCCGUUCCAUUGUCGCGUCUGUGGGAAAGCCUUCAGACAGGUGGGAGGGCUGAACGCCCACAUGCUGACCCACACUGGAGAGAAGCCUUUCAGCUGCAGCCUCUGCAGCAAGAGUUUCAGCACCAAAGGUUACCUGGAGACACACAUCCGCUUCCACAAGAAGGAGCGAGCGUUCAGCUGCCACCUCUGCUGGAAGGCCUUCGUCACCAAGAACGACCUGAAGAAACACCUGCUGACGCACACCGGAGAGAAACCGUACAGCUGCAGGGUCUGCGGCAAGAGCUACCAGGAGAAACGCUCCAGAGACGUCCACAUGAAGGUCCACCUGGACGUCCGGCUCAGCAAAGAGCCAAUCAGGAGGGAGGAGAGCGUGGAGCCUGACUUUAUACAGCUGUAGGCGUCAAACCGGAUUAAAAACUGGUCUGUUGGUCUUCAACAGACACAAAACUGUUUAUUUCUGAAAUGACGCCUACAAGAAAAACUUAAGUUAAAGUAGCAGUUACUGAUCAGACUGUUUCAGGCAGUGUUUCAGUUCAUGGACGUGAAACACGAACAAAACCUUUUUUUUCACAACGUGCAAUAAAUGCUU